AUCCACUCUAUAAUUCAAGUUGGCAAGGUACUUUACCGUGGUUCAACUAGGUAGACACUAGGGAUUGGAAACAAACCUUCACAAAGUUUAUUUUCACAACUACUUCAAAACACAGCCAUUAUCAAGGAAGCUCUGGGUCACAGUGUGUGCUGUGGUUAUUUUAAUGAGUGGGCAUUCAGAUGAUAUUUUUUAAAAUGGUACUUUGGAUUGUAAACCAAGCAGACAGGAUGAAAUGUAAACGUUCGUGAAUGAGCACGGAGACCACUUAACUUUGUACCUGGAGAAGAACAGAAAAAUUAUUAUGCCUGUGUUCCCUCGGGACUCUUUGGAAAUUGCACAGUGACAUCAUCUGGGAUUUAGUCUGUGUUGGGAUUCGUGCUGAAUUUUGAAGCAUAUCGAGGAGUAAACUCCAUAUGCACAAAGAGCGUGCAUCCGGGUGCCUAAGAUGGAAGUAGAUAUAAACGGGGAGUCCAGAAGUACCCUGACCACCCUGCCAUUACCUGUGGCUGAGGGGAGCUCGCCGGGGAAGGCAGAGGCGGAGAAACCCCGUUGCUCUAGCACGCCAUGCUCGCCCAUGCGUCGGACUGUGUCUGGUUACCAGAUCCUCCACAUGGACUCUAACUAUUUGGUUGGCUUUGCAACUGGUGAGGAACUCCUGAAGUUAGCCCAGAAGUGCACUGGAGGGGAAGAGAGCCAGGGAGAAGCCAUGCCGCCCUUCCGCUCCAAACAGCUGGAUGCUGGACUUGCACGCUCCUCUCGUCUGUAUAAAACUAGAAGUAGGUACUAUCAGCCAUAUGAGAUUCCAGCUGUUAAUGGCAGGAGGCGAAGGCGGAUGCCCAGCUCGGGAGACAAGUGCACUAAAUCCUUACCUUAUGAACCUUAUAAGGCCCUCCAUGGGCCCUUGCCUCUAUGUCUUCUUAAAGGUAAGAGGGCUCACUCCAAAUCCCUGGACUACCUCAAUCUAGACAAAAUGAGCAUCAAGGAGCCAGCUGACACAGAAGUGCUACAGUACCAGCUUCAACACCUGACCCUCCGAGGGGACCGAGUGUUUGCUAGGAAUAAUACAUGAACGCCUUGCACUGAGCUUAGACCGCUUUAGGCCAGCCCGUAUUCGGCUAGAGAAUAAUCUACCGUCGUUCUCUGUACAUGACCCUUCACAUUAGAGAUGGUUAUAUCAGCUAAGUGUUCCUGGAACAUAAAAAAAAAAAUUGUUUGGAUCAAGUUUUGGAUACAGGAAUGAAAUCACAGGUACUUGGGGCGGGGCGGGGGGAUAUCAUUCUAGAGCACGCAACUGCAAAGAAAACAGAAUGUUGACCGUUAGUUUGCAUAGCUUUUUAGCUAGAACAAGGUUUUGGUGCAGUAAUUUCACCUUUAUGAUUCCGACACUCAAAUUGGGAAUGUUACCUGCUUGGUUGUUGCUGACUUGGUAUGAUUCAUUAGAAAUUUAUAACGAAGUACACAGUGCUUCUUGGAUCUCUGUAUUUUACUAUACAAUGUAUGUAAUGAUUUGUCUUCUGAAAUUUAGCGCUUGAACACUGCUGAAUUGGACCACGUUUUAUUUUUAAAUAUUGAGUUUAAAUAUUUUAUAACUGGUUUUGCACUGAAAACAAUUAACAUUUCAGAUUAAGAGAGUAAUCUUUCUUCACUUGCCUCAAUACUAAUAUUGAGCAAUGGAAUUUUUUAUUUCCGCAUGGAAAGUUACCGAUCUCUAUGGCUGUAAAAUAUUCCUUUAUAGCAUUAUUAUUAAAGUGUGUCUUAAUAAAAUUAAAUUUGGGAUACAAAGUAUUUAUUUUACAAUGGGUAGUGGGUGGGAUGCGUGUCCAGAGUGUUUGUGACAUGGAGUUUCCGUCAGUUGGAAACAUUUCCUUACUGAUUAUUUUCUAACUUGAAAUCCACAUGGGACUUGAAGAUGGAAAGGAUUCUCUCCAUUGGGUUGUUGGCAUAGUACUGCUUGCAUCUCAAUUUCUUGUAAGUGAAUACAGCUCUCGCAGAGGCUCUCCUGAUUUUGACGAUCAAAUGCUUAGACUGAGUAUGAGGUGAUAACCACUCAGCAGCACAUCCUUGGGUCUUUCCGGGUUCAGUUCUCUGCAUCACAGCACUCACCGAAAUUCCAGUUUCAGGAUUAGUGUAGGAGCCUAGAGUGCUUCUACAGUUUUAAUGGGCUAAUCCUGGAUUACCUAACAAUUUACGUCUAUCACACUGGUUUAAUUUGUUGCUAAAGAAAUAAUUCCUUGCCUUUAGUAACAGAAGCAGCUCAACUACUCUUGACCAUAAAUGUAUGUAACUUACCUUUUGUAAACAUUUCUAUUUCAUCCAGUCUUAAAGGUGCAAUUUAUUACUGAUUUGGCAUUAUCUGGCUAUAUAGAACUAACUCCAUAUUUUGUUUUCUUUUUGGCACUUCAAGUUUCGAGUUUCUUAGGGGUUAGCAGUCUUGAUUACAAAUUAAGAAGACUUUUUAAUUGAUGAAUGGGCCAUUCCUGGAACAAUUGUGGUUUUCCUCUGUCCAGAAUGAAUGGCAAAUUUUAUUUAGAGCAGAAUAAAUGUUGGCAACCCCAGGAACUCUUAAUGGAUGCUUAUUAUGCAUUCACAGAGGCAGCCAUGUGACAGCAUGUAUGAGAGAGCCAUGGAGAUGCUGGCUCACGUCUUACUGAGUUGAUCAGAGUUUUCAGUGGCUGGAAAGUUUCCGAUGUUGUCUAUUUAAAAGUAAACUGCACCUUUGUAACAUAUUGUAUUGAAUGAUCACUAAGAUUAACUAUAUCUAUACAGUCAAUAGUUUGACAAGUAAUAGAAUCCUGUCAGAUGCCAAAGAGUUGGGAUUUUUACAUUUAAUGAUUAAACACCGUUAUUUAUUGAUGAUUUACCCUCUGGAACUGUAUUAUUUCUAACUAUGAAAUAAAAGGGUGAUGUAAACAUA